AUGUACAAGGCAAUACUCCAAAAUGGUUGGUUUCUUGCCAUCAAGAAACUCCAUAACUCAUAUGAUUUCGAUCAAGAAUUUAUGUCUGAGCUCAUGACUGUUGGAAGGAUGAGACAUUGCAAUUUCAUACCACUCAUAGGCUUCUGCUAUGAAAUUAACAGCAGACUUUUAGUCUAUAAAUACAUGUCGAAUGGAAACCUCCAUGAUCUCCUCUUUUCUGCUCAAAACGGCAAGGUCAAGUGCAUAGAAUGGCCUAUGAAGGUGAAAAUAGCAGUUGGGAUUGCGAGAGGACUUGCAUGGCUUCAUCAGGUUGGAGUAGUCCAUAGCAGCAUUUGCUCAAGAUGCAUAUUGCUUGAUCAUAGUUGUGAACCCAAGAUAUCCAACUUUGGAAGUGCAAAACUUUUGAAAUCGAACUUUACUUCUUCAAGUUGGAGAACUGUGGUAGACAAUGAAGUAUGGGAGUCGGGUUCGUUUAAGAAGGAUGUCUAUGAGUUUGGAGUAGUGCUUCUUGAGUUAAUUGCUGAAAAGGAAUUUAGCCAAAUGAAUGGUUGUCUGAAGAGCUUUGAAGGUCUUGAUAUGGUCAAAUGGACAUUUCAGAACUCCAAACCAUAUGAUUCGGAUGAGAUUAGGCAAGCAUACGAGGACGAGAUCUUUGAGUUGGUUAGAAUUGCAGUUGACUGCAUUCAAUCUGAUCCAGCAAGAAGGCCAUCCAUGCUAGAAGUGUACAAAACAUUGAGCAAAAUCACUGGGAGAUCUGAACUUGCAAAUGAUUAA